AUGCCCGGCGAAGGGUCCGAGGGUGGAACGGCCCCCAUCUCGCGCGAUUUCGCAACUACCACCACCUCCUCGUCACCACCACAACCGCAACCACAACCACCACGGCCGCCGCCCGGUCCCGCUCCAUCUCCGCCCACGGCGCAAUCGCCUCAGGAUCCAAGUGGAAGCAGCAGCGGAGAAGGAGACUCUCACAUCCACUAUGCGUCGAGCUUGGAUCCCGGCCUUUCUAGGACUGCCCAGUCCGACUCGGUCAUUGAAACAACGAUGCGCUCCCUCGCCCGUUCUGACACUGAAGCCGAAGCCGCUCUAAGUCCCGGCAUACGGCGCCGUAUGACCCGCGCCGGGACUUUUAAGACCGUCGAUGAUUUUGAGGACUUCGACUUUGGCCCUGGCUGGCAUCCCGGUGCCGAACCCGGCGUAGAUCCAAGCAAACCCGACGGCGGCCAUGCCUCCAUGCCAACACUCCAAGCACCCUGCGAUAUUACCGUUGUCGAUUUUUCCCAAGACCACCUCUCGAUACAGAAGCUUGUCAACGGGACACUGGCUCCGUUUCUAGAGCGGCCGGCCCCCGAAUGGUCAACAUGCCGUUGGAUCAAUGUCAAUGGGCUGAGUUGGGAUGUUAUCCAAACGCUGGGCCGCAGUAAGAACCUCCAUAGGUUGGCCAUUGAGGAUAUCAUGAACACAAGGAACCGGACCAAGGCGGAAUGGUUCCCAACACAUGCUUUCGUCGUAUUGACGCUUCAAAAACUAGUCCGUCUAUAUGACUCGGAUAGCGACGAUUCAGACUCUGAUUUGGAAUCAGACGACGAUGCGAGAAGCCGAAAAAGCGCCUUCAGCAGGCAGAGCGGAAAACCUGUUGGGAAGCUGUUGAAACGCUUCAGGAAGGCCGUCCGUGAUAAGGGGUACAACGAAAAGGAGAAACACCCGAAGCUAGCCAAGCACGCCGUCGCUACCUCUCCUGGGGUCUAUGUCAAGACUCAACCCACCGGAUUCUCAGACCUGGCGGAUAUCAGUCAGCUUCGGACGCUCCAGCGCUACCAAGCCUCCCCCAACGACCCGCGAACCAAGUACAUGGAGAAGCAUUCCGCUCUCGCUUCCAGGCACCUAGCCGUGGCCUGUGAACAGGUGUCCAUGUUUCUUACCGAUGACAACUGCAUCAUCAGUUUUUUUGAGCAAUCAGCGCAGGAUAUUGAGGCCCCCAUCAUCCGACGGCUUCAAACCAAUGAUACCAUUCUUCGACAGUCAUGCGACGCUUCCAUGGUCGGACAGGCCAUAAUAGACGGGAUCAUCGACUUGGCGAUUCCCGUGAUCGCCUGCUACGGCGACGUAAUUGGUGAUAUCGAGCUCGAAGUUCUCAACCGACCGAAUAUUGGGCACACCAAAAGCCUCUACAUUCUUAUCUCCGAGAUGAACAAAAUAUUGUUGUUCAUUAAUCCCAUCACAACGCUGAUCAACGCCCUCCGUGACCAUCAGGCGGACGUUCCCUCAGAUGCUAUCAUGUCCCAUCUCCUCGAUCCGAAUCAUGGCGUCAUCAUCUCGCCGAUGACCUACACCUACCUCGGAGACGUGCUCGAUCAUUGUGUUCUGAUCACGGACACCCUAAACCAGCUCAAAAGCUCAGCCGACGGCAUGAUUGGACUCAUCUUCAACACCAUCUCCGCCCACCAGAACGAGUCCAUGAGGCAACUCACUAUAGCUACCAUCAUUUUUCUACCUCUGACGUUUUUGACUGGGUAUUUUGGGCAGAAUUUCGAGCCAUUUACCGUCCUCCAGGAGGAUAUCAGUUACUUUUGGAAAAUUGCGAUCCCGGUCACAGCAGUUGUUAUAAUCGCCCUGCUCUGGGAAGGGAUCUAUGAUUAUAUUAGGGCGGUUCUUCAACAACGCUAUAUCCUACGGCUGAAGAGUAGCCGCCUGAAGAGGCGCAGAAGGCGCCCGACGUAA